AUAAUCCUGCUUUUAAAAAUAAGAGAGCUCGAUCUGACACAAGCUCUGAUGAUUCUAAUGUUCAUGAAGAAAUUGACGAAUUGUAUACAGAAGCAAUACGUAUUGAAAACCAAGAACGAAUGAUAUUGGAAUUGAGGAGGCAGUUAGAAGAGCACGAUGAAGUUAUAGCUCAUUUAAAGAGUUUAUUUAGUGGUGAACUUGAUAAGAAUGAAAAACUGGUCGAGCAAUGGGACUCUCGAUACUCUGAUCAAGAUAAGCGCAUACAAGCAGUCACCGAUAUCACACUAAUUGAACGAAAUUUUUUAUAUAGGGAU